AUGCUAAGAAGAGGCUACCGAUCAUAAACCAACAAGAAAAAGGUAACCUCAACAUUGUGAACUGGGUUCUAGCUGGCUUCUAGAAUGAGUAAUUGCAGCAGCCGGGCAUUGACCCUACUCAGUAGCGUCUUUGGAGCAUGUGGUCUCCUUCUUGUGGGCAUCGCCGUUAGCACCGAUUACUGGAUGUAUAUGGAAGAAGGCAUAGUUCUGCAGCAGAACCAGACAACCGAAGUAAAGAUGGCUCUUCAUGCUGGGCUUUGGAGAGUUUGUUUUGUUGCAGGCCGAGAGAAGGGUAGGUGCGUUGCUUCAGAAUUUUUCCAUGGGCCGGAUACAGACAUCGUGACUGAAAACACUGCAAAUAUACUAAAGACCAUCCGCAGUGCUACUCCAUUUCCCAUGGUCAGCCUUUUCCUGGUUUUUACAGCCUUUGUAAUCAGUAAUAUUGGACAUAUUCGACCACAGAGGACUAUAUUGGCUUUUGUCUCUGGAAUCUUCUUUAUUCUUUCGGGUCUUUCCUUGGUGGUAGGACUGGUCCUUUACAUCUCAAGCAUCAACGAUGAAGUCAUGAACCGUCCCAGCAGUUCUGAACAGUACUUUAAUUACCGCUAUGGCUGGUCAUUCGCAUUUGCUGCUUCUUCGUUUCUACUUAAAGAGGGUGCUGGGGUGAUGUCCGUUUACCUCUUCACCAAACGGUAUGCCGAAGAGGAAAUGUAUCGUCCCCACCCUGCUUUCUACCGUCCCCGACUCAGCGACUGCUCAGACUAUUCAGGUCAGUUCCUUCACCCUGAGGUGUGGCACCGUGGUCGCAGCCCGUCGGACAUCUCUAGCGAUGUAUCAAUUCAGAUGACUCAGAACUAUCCACCAGCCAUCAAGUAUCCAGACCAUAUACACAUUUCUACAUCACCGUGCUAAAGGUGGAGCAACUGUUUGAAAGUUGAUAAGCAUCUCAUCAGGUUUAAACUCACAGUUUGACCUGUUUCAUCAGAGACGGUGUGUUGUGGAGCCUAAAACUUUACUUCAAAGUGUUUGGAACAUUAUAGCUCCAUUUUUCUUCUUCUUUUCUUUGUUU